UACCGUGUGGAAGCGUCGCUGGGUCAGCUAGUAGCUUCUCCCUUCCGUUCCGUUCCAUUCCGUUGGUGGCCUCCUCUCCUCCUCCAAUCUCUUUCUCUAUAGUAGUAGUACUCGUUAGUUGUGUCUCUUCUCUCGGUUCCCUCCCUAGUCCCUCCCGCUAUAUAUCAAGGCUCUCUCGCUUGGCUCAAGGCUCACCUUCUCCUACCUCUCGCCUAGCCUGCCUCGCUCCUCCGUUCAGGCAGGCUUUCAGCUACCGCCGCGCGGCCGCGACCGGCGGCCUCCUUUAGCGGCUACGUACGACGUAUAUACCGGGCAGGCGGGCACCGGCCACGGCCAACGCUAGCUGCUGCCAGGUUGCUGGAAAGAGCAGCUAAGAGAGAUAAUUCAGGAGUGGGAUCGAGACGACAUGAGGGACAUGGGAGAGAAGAGGAGACACGGGCAUGGACAUGGACAUGGACAUCUUGUUGGGUUUGGAGCUGGAGGGGUUGUUGGACAUGCCGCAGAGCAUGAGGAGAAGCGCAUGGAGCAGAAGAAGCUGGACAUGAGCAGCAUGUCCAUGGACACCCUGCCACAUCUCACCACGCCUCUUGGCAACAUCACUACCCUGGAUCUCUCCAACAACAACCUACAGAGCAUUCCGGAGUCCAUAAUCGCGAGGCUCCUGAACGUGGUGGUGCUGGACGUGCGCUCCAACCAGCUCAAGUCGCUGCCCAACUCCAUCGGCUGCCUCUCAAAGCUCAAGGUCCUCAACGUCUCCGGCAACCUGCUCCAAGAACUCCCGGCCACCAUCGAGGAAUGCCGUGCGCUGGAGGAGCUGAACGCCAACUUCAACCAGCUGACGAGGCUGCCGGACACGCUGGGCUUCGAGCUCCACGGCCUCCGGCGGCUGUCCGUCAACUCCAACAAGCUCGCGUACCUGCCGUCGUCCACCUCCCACAUGACGGCGCUGCGGUCGCUGGACGCGCGCCUCAACUGCCUCCGCGCGCUGCCCGACGGGCUGGAGAACCUCGGCGGCCUCGAGGCGCUCAACGUGAGCCAGAACUUCCAGUACCUGCGGGAGCUGCCCUACGGCAUCGGCCUCCUCGUCUCGCUCCGGGAGCUGGACGUCAGCUACAACUCCAUCGCCGCGCUCCCGGACUCCAUGGGCUGCCUCACCAAGCUCGCCAGGUUCAGCGCCGCGGGCAACCCGCUGGUGUGCCCGCCCAUGGACGUCGUCGAGCAGAGCCUCGACGCCAUGCGCGCCUACCUCAGCGCGCGGAUGAACGGCACCGCCAAGGCCAAGAAGAAGAGCUGGGUGCCCAAGCUGGUCAAGUACAGCACCUUCUCGGCGGGGAUGAUGACGCCCGGCCGCACCAAGGUGCACGGGAACAACACCGACGGCCUCCACAUGUCGGAUUACCGGUCGCUCGACGGCGGCGGCGUUGCGUCGUCGGCGUUUCUCAGCAUGCUGUCGCCCCGGCGUCUCUUCUCGCCGCGGAGAAAUUCGGCCAAGCACUAGUAGCUUAGCAGUGGCCACUGGUUCGGCGGGCUAUACAUGUGUGCUCCCUCCUUAUUGCUGGCUAUUUGCUUGCUGCUUCGAUGUUCAUAUGACAUGCACGUACUGUAGCGCAAGCUGAAGCUAAUGAUCUUGCUACUGCAGUUGUAUAUGCUUUGAAGAGAGGUAUAUAUGAAGUGUGUAUAGUAGCACGUAGUGCAAUAGGGCAUUAAUGUACAUAAGAAUUAAGGGUGUCUUUCUUUCCAUUGUUUACAUUUGCGUUAGU